ACCGUGGUCACUGUACCGCAAGCCUCAAGGUGUUUACAAUUCGCUAUAACGUUAUAGUAGAGAUCAGUUGUAAAUGAGACAGCUAUUUGAUAGGAUAGUGUACUGAGUUAUACGAUACCCUGAAUUGGAUAUUUUUGCAAAUCGGACACGAGGGACCUACUCAGUUUCGUUAUGGACGUGACAGAGGGCAGCAUGCGUUUGUAAUUAAUAUAAUGGAUUAAUGAUUAAUGAAUAUAUACAAACAAAACAUUGAACAGGAUAUUGAAAUUUCGUUGAAAGAUAUUUUUGAUGUUAUGAAAACGUGAAAUUGUGAAUUUUGAAGAAAAAGUUUCAUAAAAGAAGAGUAAAAUAUAUUGUGGACAUAAUUUACAUAUGAGAGGAGUGUUUCUGUUGAAAGAUUUGGAUUAACUAAGGCCUGGUGUGUGAUCUUCUGAGAAAGUUUGGAUAAUUCAAAAGAGCUGAAGACAGAGAAAAAAUGAGAUAAAAGUUUCGUGAAAAAAUACAGAGGGUAGCAAAAUGAAGAAUAUAUACAGUUCAUUGUAUUCUUCUUUUCUGCUCUGGAUGGUUUCCAUGGUAACGUGCCAGACUCCAGACACUCCUUUGACACAGAUCAACUUCAAGAUUACUGAAGAGCUUGAAACAGGAACUCCCAUUGGGAAUAUUGCCGCUGAAUCAGGACUCGGAACCGGAAAUGGAUAUAACUUCCAAAUUGUCAAGGACGAUUAUUCUAUUGUAUUUUUGAAUAAGACAACUGGUGAAUUAACUACAGCUAAAGUCAUAGACAGGGAAACUAUCUGUAAAAAUCAGAAAACGUGUGACAUUCAAUAUGAGGUUCUUACCAAUAAAGACGCAGAUAUAUUUUCGAUCACAGUUACUUUGAAAAUAAUUGAUAUAAAUGAUAAUACACCAACAUUUGAUCCGAGCAAAAUGGUGUUGAAUUUAUCAGAAUCAACUCCAGAAGAUAAAAGUUAUCCCCUAAAAUCUGCGAUAGAUUUAGAUACGGGAGACAACAAUGGCAUUACGUCUUACAGAUUUUCUCCUUUCAGUACACCUAAUGAAAGUUUUGAAAUUCUCAUUAAUAAUGACAAUAGCAAUAAUUUAGGUUUGAGUUUAAAGUUAAUUAAAACACUGGAUCGCGAAAAACAAAAUAAGUUUCAGUUACUGAUAUUAGCGGAAGAUAGCGGCACACCUAUCAGAACAGGUACUUUGACAGUAGAUAUAAAUGUUAUAGAUGAAAAUGAUAAUAAACCGAAGUUUGAUAAUGCAAUACUGAAUAUUACUGUAACAGAAGAUAUUGCUAUUGGUAAAGGAAUAGUAACGUUAAGGGCCGAAGAUGCCGAUUUUGGUAAAAAUGGUAAAGUUGCAUACGCACUUGCCGGGCAGCAGGAAAAUUAUAUUUUAGAACAUUUCGCUAUUGAUGAGAUCUCGGGCCAGCUUUCUGUAGCCCAGAAACUUGAAUACGAACCAAAUAAUGCACAUAAAACAAUUUACAUUGUUGCCAGUGAUCAAGGAUCAACCCCACAAUCUGCAACAGCAACUGUUUAUUUGACGAUCGAAGACAUUGGAAAUACUGCACCUAAAAUCAGUCUGAUUUUCUGGGCAACGAAAAUUUCAGAAAAUGUUAUUCAAGUGUCAGAGAAUUCAAAAAAGAACACUGCAAUUGUUUCGGUUAAUGUUGAAGACACGGACUCAGGAGAAAAUGGACAAGUUUCAUGUAAUUUGUACAACACUUACUUUGGAUUAGAAAGUGUUUCAAAUUCUAGAAAUAGCUACAAAGUAUUUGUGCAGCAUACACUAGAUCGUGAAUCUAUCGUUGAACAUAAUGUGACUGUUUGGUGUGAAGAUGGUGGUGGCUUAAAGUCAGAAGUAGCGUUUUUAGUUAAAAUCAAAGAUGAAAAUGACAAUUCUCCGAUAUUCAGUACUUACGUUUAUCAAAAGUCAUUUGAAGAAAAUAAUACGUAUGGAGCCGAAAUCUUGACUGUAAGUGCUUUUGAUAAAGAUGACCCUGAAGAAAAUGGUCGCAUUUCUUAUUUUAUUCAUCCUGACAAUACAAAAGAAUUUGAAGCUGAAGAAAAUACUGGCGUUAUUCGUGCAAAAGUUAAACUAGAUCGAGAAGCAUCUGCUGAGAAAAUUUUUGAAGUUAUCGCAGUGGAUCACGGAAAACCACCGAGGUCUAGCACAGCAACGGUUAGGCUUGAUUUGAUUGAUAUCAAUGACAUGAGACCAGAAUUUACUCAACCAGAACUCUAUGAAUUCAGAGUAAAAGAAGGAAUGGAAUCCAAUACGCAAGUAGAUCAAGUCACAGCUACUGAUGGUGAUCAGGGAAAUAAUGGAAAAGUUGUCUAUUAUUUACCUGACAAAUACAAAACUGGUGGCAUAUAUGCAGUUCCCUUUGACGUUCUAGAAAAUGGAGAAAUCAAAACCAAUAUGGAACUUGAUCGGGAAAAUAAAAGUAUCUACAAUUUUGAAGUCGGAGUUAAAGAUUUCGGUAUUCCUUCUCUGAAUAACACAGUAAGAGUUGUUGUCAAAGUGGACGACAUAAAUGAUAAUGUUCCAGAAUUUAUUUUCCCAUCUGCUGAAAAUAAUAGUAUAAUAGCUUAUAACGAAGUUUCAGAUACAGCGAUAUCAACAUUAAAUGCAAAAGACAAAGAUGUAGGAAUUAAUCAAAAACUUGUGUAUUUCAUUUUAGAAGGAAACAAUGAAGGUAUUUUCUCCCUUGACCCAAAUUCCGGGAAACUAUUCAUCGUGAAAUACAUUCAUUUAACUGAAGACAAAGUGUAUCCUCUUUCAGUAUCUGUUUAUGACAAAGGCCAGCCACAGUUGUCAGUGAAAGAAAAUCUUUCAGUAACACUACGUUAUACCAAUGUUACCCACAAAGCUUCAACUGGGGACGGUGCAAGCAAAAGUUACGUAAUCAUAGUGGUAACUGUUGUCUGCAUCACGUGCUUAUUGUCUGUCACAAUAAUUACAGUGAUUUGCCUUAUCCGCAGGAAAGACAUUCACAAGUGUGGUAAAAGUGACACUUUAUCAAAAGUCAGAAUCCCAACCUUGCGCAGUACAAAGCCAUCUGCCCCACCACAGCAACUUGGCAAUGACAAAAUCUAUCCUGAAGCAGUUCAAUCAAAGAAUAAGAAGGAAGUGAGUUUCUCAUUCGAAGAUGGCGACAGCUUCUCGAGCAGUGACAACAAGGUUAUGACAGCCAAAGAAAAGGGACCAUUUCCGAGUCGACCAUCACCGUUGAACGAUAUGCCAGAGGAGAUGGAGGAUGCAACAAAUGGCCAACACAGCAUUUUACGUACCCAACAAUACAGCCAGUUAUCAUCACAGGCAAAAUACCUUGAUCACACAGACGGCUCAUUGAAAUUGCGGCCAAAUUUUCGAAAACCAAAGAACGUGAGUCAUCAGCGUGAGGACAGUCACAGUGAGACCUCAGGAGAGACCGCAACGAGUCAUGACAGUGGCAAGGGAGGCAGCGUAGAGGGAGAUAAUCAUGAUGUACAGCUUCAUAUCGAGACACUGAACCCAUCCGCCUACCUCAUCCGCCAAGAUGGGCGACCUACACACGGUUCAUACAGACAUCCAAAACCCUCAUCACCAGUGAAAAACAUUCCGCCAAGUACUUUACCAUUGCCAUACAAAAACACAGACUUAAAACCUAAAUCCGCAUUUAAUGACAAUAAUUUCCACAUAACACAUCCUAGUCACCGGAAUAGUCAAAAUAGAAAUCGGUGUCCACAGCUUGACUCUACCGGAAGUUAUCCGGAUUCUGACUACAUUAGUUUAAGCUCAAAUCAUAAUUACAGUCAAGGGAAUAUAAAUCCUUAUAGAGACUCAAAAUAUAACUAUAGUUCUCAUAAUAUUAAUCAGUUACAACCGCCGAUACAGAAUAGAGGCUAUUAUAAUCAAGGAUACGGACAUUAUCCGACGUAUCGUAGCAAUAGUACGAGAGACGAUGAUGACACUACAACGACAUCUGGAAGUUAUACGAUAAAUCAUGAAGAUCUUGACGAUGAUAUUGCAGCAGCGCAAUAUCAAGUAUCGCAAGUUGUGUGAUCAUGUGACUUAAAACGUGCUUAAAAUGCAUUUGUUUUACCUCAAAGUGCCAAAUUUUACUUGUUAAACUGAAACACUCAUAGUGUUCAAACUCAGCUGAUGUCAAAUACAGUUCAUAGUGUAAUUAUGUCAAUGUAUAAUCAUUCAACAUUCCGAAUUUGAAAACUAUUAAUGAAAUGACAUUGAAGACAGAAGUGACAAACUCUGUAAUGGCCCUGUUUCUUGGAGAUUUGGAGAUGUGCAGACAUCUUGAUGAAGAUAAUGGGUGUAUAGAAGACACAGAACGAAGGAUAAGAAACUUGGAACCUAACUGUUGGCCAUUUACAUUGGAAACAAAUAAUCCAGCUCUGGUAUAUGGAUGGCAAGACAAGAAAGAUGGUCUAGUGGAUUGUAUAAGAUCUGAUCUUCAAAAUACUCUGGACAAUAGAAACUAUCACAAAAUAUUGUGUUUUUCUGGACAUAUAUCAUAUUCCAAAUAUAUACAUUACUUACCAUGCUUUAACCUUAAUAACAUUGGUUUGAUUUUUUAUGGAUUUCAACAUAGUAUAAGAUACAUUUACAUAAUAUGUUUAAGCAAAAUGCUGUGAAAAAGUUGUGUGAAGAUAAAUUUCAUCUUCAAGUCUUUAUUUAAGUAUCAUGUAUUCCAGGUUAUGAAAAAAAAAGAUAUUUCAUCAAGAAUUGCAUGUUAUAAGUAAAUUAAAUUCCUACCUUCAACAUUGCUGAUAACAUUUCUUGAUAAAAAUAAAAUAUCAUACUUAUUAUGCAGAUUUCACUAUUUUGUACAAACAGAAAAUUAUUUUUGUGAUGCGCACCUUGUUACAUUUUAUGAUCUCAAAAUUCGUUUUGAUGCAUAUGGCUGCCCCAUUAUGCACUCAUUGUUAAAUUUGGAAUGUCAUUAAUUUCUAUUUUUAUAUUCUGGAAGCUGUCUUUUAGCAUAAUCAGUAGAUCAUGUGUUCAAAUUUUUAACCAAUCAAAAUUCAUGUUUAGUGUCUGGGUACCAGGUGCUUUUUGUAUGUAGAAACAGAGGUUUUCAUUAGUUGGUUAAUGUCCUAACUUUUUUGUUAAAUGUGAUACUGUUGUUUGUAUUGUCAGAUUUCAACCAUAUGGUCGUUCUCGGAGAUACCUGGAAAAUGGAUGUUUUAUGCAGAUUUAUUUAAUCCAAUCUUUUUGCGCUGAUUUCAGUAAAAUUUAUUGAAAGUUAUGGACAUUAUCUUUUAGAAGUCCUAUUGAUAUGUUAUUACAGUACCAAGGUUAUUAUUUUUAAAAUCCCCCAUAUCGGACAAAAGUAAUGGUAAGAAAUUUGAGAAGAAAAUAAGUGUCUUUGAUAUGUGAUGUGUAUUAAUCAACAUGCUUUAAAGUUAAACAUACAGUGCUACAAUGACUUGCAGAUAUUGAUAUACACUUACAUGUACAUGUAUAAUUAUAUUUUCGUCUGAAAAUAAGGCUGGACCAGGGAUCUUUUUGAGAGAAUUUUUUAGCUUUAUUUUAAAGAUUUUUGUUAGGGCUUUAUUUUGAAGCUUUUUGUGAGAGCUUUAAAACUUUUGGUGAGAGCUUUGUUUAGAGCAUUAUUUAAAAGCUUUAUCAUGCGGAGCUUUCUUUACCACGAACAUUCCAUGUAUGAAAUAUUAAGUUGUUAUAUGUAUUUGUACAUAAUAAUUGUUAUAUGUGAUAAAAAAAACAUUGAAAAAAUAGAAUUAUGUUAAAAAGAAUAAAAAUGUGAAAAUUUAA